AUGGUUGUCGCUGCGGGUGGAGCUCUCGACGUCAAUGGAACAUUGGGUGCUCUGUGUAUCGGAGUUCUCAUUUCCGUCUUCCUCUUCGGAAUCGCCACCGUCCAAGCCUACAUUUACUAUUCCAAUUUUCCCGAAGACAAGGUCAAGUUGAAGAUCCUGGUCGCUGUUGUAUGGAUUUUGGAACUCGCCCACUGCAUCUCCAUUUGCCAUUCCCUCUACUUCUUCACGAUCAGCUCGUAUGGGGACCCGAGGGCCCUUAUAAAACCCCCUUCGACACUUUACUUGACUAUUAUCUUCAGUGGCUUCAUCGUGCCGAUCGUUCAGGCAUUUUUUGCCGAACGUGUGAGAGUCAUCAGCGGAAGGCUUCUAAUCCCGAUCGUAUGUUGGACUUUAUCAGUAGUCCGAUUCAGCAUGAGUUUGGUCGCAUCUGCGGAAGCCUUCCGUAUGACCACUCUCGAGCAGUACCAGAAGGACUGGAAAUGGCUGCUGACGACUGUGCUGGCGAUGGGUGCUGCUACCGAUAUAAUCGUCGCCGCUGCACUAUGCUUUUAUCUCAGGGCACAACGGUCAACGUCUCAUGAAAAGACGGUGACAAUGAUAGAUAAGAUAAUUGCAUGGACGAUCCAAACGGGUCUGAUGACGAGUUUAACUGGCCUGGUCAUGCUCAUCUGUUUUCUCGCUAUGCCUCAUAACUUCAUCUGGUUGGGCUUCUUUAUGUUCCUUGCGCGCAUGUUCUCCAACUCGUUAUUUGCCUCCCUCAACGCGCGAAGAAUACUUCGUUCAACUGGCUUCGCGGAGAUGUCCCUCAGUGGGACAUACAACGGGGCAAGCUCGAGGCACCCUACCUCGCAGCUGGAAAUACGCAUGACCAAUUUAACAGAAAGGAUGCCGCCGGAGACCACCAAGACAAACGCUGACUUCCACGACAUAGCCUAA